AUGGCUCGGACCAAGAUUUUCCCUCCGCUGACCCUGCUGGAUGGUCGCAGCAUGCCAUCCUUCGGGCUGGGGGUUUUUCGGUCCCCACCAGGCACUGAGACCUACAACGCUGUGAGGUGGGCCUUGGAUUUGGGUUAUCGGCUGGUUGAUACGGCAGCCAUGUACCGAAAUGAAGAAAGUGUCGGGGAGGCCGUUCGCGAUUCAGGGCUUCCACGUGAAGAGGUCUGGGUCACCACCAAGCUCUGGGAUAGUCACUGGGCGGCGAAUUUGAGAAAUAAAGACUCCGAUCACAUUGAAGGCUACGAAGCUGCAAUGAACGCCUGUCAGCAGAGCCUCAAAAAGCUGGGACUCUCGGUACACCAAUGGUGGAGGAUUCACUCGCCCAACACGGGGAAGUUGGUGGAAACAUGGGAUGCCUUCCUCGAGCUGCAACGGGAAGGCGUGGUGAAGUCCAUUGGCGUCUCGAACUUUGGGGUUCAGCACUUGGAGGCCUUGAAGGCCAGUGGGCGCCCACUGCCGGUGGUGAAUCAGAUCGAGAUGCAUCCAUUGAUCUAUCAGGAACGCAGAUCGGUGAUUGAGUAUUGUGAGGCCAACGGAAUCCGCAUUACCGCCUAUGGGUCCAUGUUCUCAGGCGACAUGAAACAGUUGCAGAGGAGGGAAUUGGUCCAAGUGCAAGAAGCACAUCCAGGGCAGUCAGCUGCACAGAUACUGCUACGUUGGGCCUUGCAAAAAGGAUUCCAGAUCAUCCCGAAGAGCGUGCAUCAGGAGCGCUUGCAAGAGAAUAUGAACCUCUUGGACUUCGAACUCUCCCCUGCCGAGAUGGAGUCCCUGAGCAAGAUGAAGGGUGCGCUGGGGCAGUACUGGAAUCCUCUCAAAUCCAAAGAUGCCUUGGUCCGGGAUCUGAAGAACGAAAUCUUGGAGCUCAGGAAACAGCUGGAGCAGGCCAAAGAGAAACACGACGACGAGGCCUUAAAGGAGAUUGCUGAUCACCUGGAGGCCAGCCAUGCCAUCGUGGCCGCGCAGACGUCUUCCCACGAGAUGUUUCCUUACUUGGCCAACCACUCGGAGGUGCCAGAAGGAAAGGAGCAGUCCCUGGGGGCAGAUAUCUCCAGCGACUUCCGGCUGCCACCUGCCUUGGGUGUGUGCGAGACCACGGGCUACAUCCGAAACCAAGGAGGUUGCUUGACCCUCCGACCCGCUGCAGCUCCCAGUGGGCGCAGUGGGCGCUUCGCGAGCAUCGAGGUGAAUGGCAACAAAUUGUCCAGGGAACAAGAACUGCAUCACUUAGACUGCGUCCUCUUCGGUCGUUCCACCAGCUUCUACGUCUUCCUCCAACACGCCUCAGCUGAGGAAGUGGACGAAAGGCUACGUGCCUCCCGCGCGGAUAUGGAGGAGCUGCGUAGCAGUGCUGUGACCAGGGGUCGUGAAUGGCUCCAGGAUGCCCUGGCACAAAUUUCUGUAAUGGAGCUUCGCAAAAUGGCACAGGACUGGGAUGGGCGCAUCACCCAGCCCCUGGUGGACAAAAUCCUGGGCGAGGCGGUGAUUUUUGUGGUGAAAUGGUGGGUGAAGAUGGGAUACGUGCUGGAAGGAUCAGACAAGGUUGUAUUGGCCUUGAAGACCUACGUUUUUCUGGUCCCGAUGGCGCCGUCGACCUGUGCAAUUGUCUUGUCUCCCCAGAUGCUACUUUCUGGGCUUGUGAUAUUUGUGGCCAUAGGGGUGAAAGCGACGCAGGGAAAUGCUCUCCUCAUGCCGGAGGCCAUGUGUCCACAAGGGCUGACCAAGGUGUUGAGCACUGAGAUUAGGAAGUACACAAGUGCCCGUGAAUGUCCUUCCAAGUUUGGAGUGCAUCGCCCUGCCAACUUUCGGCUUCGCAGCUUGCAGUUGAUGUUGGGGUUGGGCAUUCAUGACAAUGGUGGCACUUGUGAGUGCUUGGGCUUCGUCUACUUUGGGACAGUCAUCAACGGUUCAUCAGGCUCUCUUCCUGAAGAUCGCAACGUACCGUUGCUCUUCUCCUACUACAAGGUGCUGGACUCCUCUUCCAAUGCCCGAAGUUUGCUCUCUGAAGCGCGGAGCAAAGAUCCAGCCGAAGUGAAGCUGGCGCGCGAGUACUGCGACCUGCUGCGAGGUCAGAAUCGUGACAGCGAAGGGGAGCUGAUGCUCAGAGCUUUCAUGUGCCAAGCAAGACGAGCGAGAGUGAAAGUGGACGAAGCCAAUGAACUCACGCGCUGUGUGCGCCCAUCUUCAGGACUGCACUUCGAACUGGCAGCACAGGCACCGGUGCUGUCCUAUGGUUUUUAUCGAUGUGCCAAUUUGCCUGAGCUCUGUGUGCGGCUGGUGCGGCGCACGCGCUUCCGCGCCGCGGUGCGGAAGGUCAUGGCUCAGUUGAAGAAGCAGAACCUGAUUCAGGCGGCUGUACGCUCCUUUCUGCCUGCCAAAUCAGAGUCCAUCAGCAGCGAUUACCAGCUGCUGAGCACCUGGACUUUGCCCAAAUUCUAUGCCAGGCUUGAGAUGAUGUAUGAGGUGCUUGGACGGAUUUUUCUGCGUUGGCGCGGCCCGGCACGGCCUGCCAUCGAAUCUGCGACGACGUCCUGCAUUUGCAGCCCGCAGCCAUCGAAGGCCGUGGCGCCGGCACCAGCCAUGGCCAACUUUGAAGACGCCUUGCAGAAACAGCUGGAGCUGUUGAAGGUGGAAUUGCUUCAGGCACACUGGGCGUCCCACUCGGCCAACACGUCCCACUCGGUCAACAAGGGCUCAAGACGUAGCAGCACCCUUUCCGUUCCCGUCGAUUUGGAGGUGCCGAGGCAGGAGGUGAUCCCCUCCGAACAUGACGAAGAGGUCGGCGUGGCGUUGCGCGUUUCGGACCACUUUGCGAAUGGCAUCGCAGUUCGAUGGGCCCGCCUUUCCCGCGCCUUGCUGGCACCACCUCCAUCCGAG